AUGGAUUAUCACAAGGUUUACUCCUAUGCGUCUGACGAGCUGCUGGCGCCGGAGACGCUGUGUUUUGCUCUUUUCUAUGUCGGUGUGUACAAGAACGAGGCCGAAAUCAGGACAGAACUUGCCCAACUCAAGCAUUACUUGAACAUAGAGCUCAGACCCUACGUAGACCACUAUCCGUGGCAUGUUCGGCCUGUUGAGUACGAGCUGGUGGACGAUAAACACUGUUUUUUGUACGGAGAGCUGGAAUACGGCGAAAACAUGGACGAUCUGUGGGUGGUUGCAAGUUUGCUGUUUAAAUUCACCUCUAGGAGCGAAAACAUCUACUUGCAUCUAUAUGAUCAGGACCGCGAGUUUCUGCUGAUCGAGGCUGCCCAGCAGGUUCCUGGAUGGCUGGAGCCAGAGUGCGCGUCAAACAGAAUCUGGAUCAACACGCGACGCGUGGUCUGCAUCCCGAAAGAGUACUGUGAAGGGCGGAAUCUGGACCUGGAAGAGGCCCUUGCGUUUCUGCAGUCGGCUAGCUACCGUCUGGAGGUUCUCAGCGAUGUUACAGAGGAGCUGGUGCGGAAGAAGAUUGCCACUUAUCCGCAGGAAGCUCUGAAACACAUCAAAAUGGAGUCGCUAUUGGUUUCGGAAUACACGGCAUGCAGACUCGUUCGCCGGCCUGCGUACGUUGCUGGAGCAGCCAUUUCGCAUUUUCUGGAGCCCGUGCCCAUUUUAGGGCUCCGACUCGGCGGCCAGCGACCGUCCAGACUGGUGAAACUAAAUAUUAGAGUCAACGCCAUAGUGUACAUGGAUUUGCAAAAGUACGGCGAGACGGCGGCCGGAAUGGGCGAGAUUGCCGAUCGAGCGAUUGAGGAGGAGGGUCUGGAUGAAAAUAUAGACGGAGCUGACUUUGAAGACCUUCUAAAGCAGCACAACGAAACCAUAGAGCAAGACCCGUUGCAGCGGGAGCUUUUGCGGUACAAUGUGAUAGAAAAGCGUGUUGAGUGGGAGCAACCGGAGCAGGUGAACGAGGAGAGACAGCGCUACGACGAGGACAUGGUUGAGAAGGUGAAGCAUUUUAUGGAUAGAGAGACAGACUGGGCCGGAGCAGGGUCUGAGAGCGAUGGAGACGACGAGGAGGGAGAUGAAAGCGAGAGCUCACGUAUACGAGACUAUUUCAGGCAAGAGGGAGUGGACAUUGACGAAGACGACUUCUUUGAGUUCUUCUGUCGUGAGGCGUUGCAGCUCAGCAAAGAGGAUAUGGAGCAGCUGCGAGGGGCAGAUUCUGAGGAGAAGGACGAAGAUACGGGCCACGGUGGGGAUGUGGGGGAGGACAACGCCACAGACGAUAUGGAGGUGCUGUCGAAUCUGCUGGCGUCGCUGGCGUCGAGCAGCUCGCCGGCCGCCACGCUUCUGAAUAAUCUUAAGUAA